GUUUGUUUGAAGGUCAAGGGCAAGGCAACACAAUAACGCUGUACUGAGCGGCUAGUGUUUCAAGCCGCACUGUUAACUCAACAUACAUUUCAGUGUUUUAAAGCCAAAGAGCAGUCAUGCCUCUGGUUCUCUACUACACGGAAACCAGUCCUCCGACUCGUUCUGUAGAUUUGGUCAUUCAUGCCCUUGGUUUAACCGCAGAGCACAAGGAAGUAGACUUGUUUAGCAAUGAGCAUUUAUCUCCUGAUUUUCUGAAGAUAAAUCCACUUCACACUAUUCCAGCUGUUGACGAUAAUGGCUUCAUUCUUUGGGGAAGCCAACCAAUCAACACCUACCUGGUGUCCAAGUAUGGCAAGGACGACUCUCUCUACCCGAAGGACCUCCAGAAGAGAGCCAUCGUAGACCAGAGGCUUCACUACAGCAACGACGUCUUCUGCGCCUUGAAAAUGGCUGCGAGACCUGUGCUGUUCUCUACCGCAAAGCCAACUCAAGAGGCUCUGGAAAAAAUGAAAGAGGUCCAGGAAAAUGUGGAAAAGCUGCUAACAGGACAUAAAUUCAUUGCUGGAGACCAUUUGACCCUGGCCGACUACAGCUAUGUAACUUUCAUGGAUGUGUAUGAGGUGUUUGUCCCGGCUGGCGACAAAUUCCCGCUGACCAAACAAUGGUUUGCUCGCUGCAAGUCAACCAUGAAGGACUUCGAUAAAGUCAACACAGUUGGCGCCAAUAAGCUUAUAGCCAACCUCAAGCAGAAGCUAAUCUAUUGUAGUUCGUCGAGAGUUCGUGUGGGUAAAAAGUUCUGCUUUCUCAGCCACCUAUUCAAAUUUAUAGCCAUGUCUCUCAUCCUGUACUACUUUGAGGCCAGCCCUCCAGUCCGCUCCGUUGACCUGGUCAUCCAUGCUCUUGGAAUCAAUGAUGAGCACAAGUGCAUGGAUAUUCCAAAGAAGGAGCAAAUGACUCCUGAGUUUUUGAAGAUUAAUCCGCUUCAUACAGUUCCCGCGAUUGAUGACGACGGAUAUACUCUCGGGGGAAGCCAAGCUAUUGCCACUUACCUGGCGGAUAAGUACGGGCAGGAUGACUCUCUUUACCCGAAGGAUCUUCAGAAAAGAGGAAUCGUUGAUCAAAUGCUUUUCUACAGCGAAGAUGUUUUCUGUUUGUCAAAAGAUAUCUUGGCGCCCCUACUACACGACGGGAUCCAGCCUACACCGGAAAUGCUAGGAAAAGUUAAAGAAGUCCAAGGCAAUGUGGAGAGACUGUUAACAGGCCGUGACUUCAUCGCAGGAGACAAUCUGACUUUAGCCGACUUCAGUUUUAUUACUACAGUUGAUGUAUUCGAGUUGUUCUGUCCAACCGGAAACAAGUAUCCCCUGACUAAAGAGUGGAUAAGGCGCUGCAAGACUACCAUGAAAGACUUUGACAAGACCAACAAGAAAGGAGCUGAUUUGAUACUCGGGCUUAUUAAGAAUGCUCUGACCAAUUAAAAGAGUGGUAUAGAAGAGGCAGGUGUAUUAUUACAAGUUCUAAAACUCAAGAUUCUCUUUAACUGUUGUUUUACAAAAACUAUUAAAAAAUAGAACAUGAAAAAUUUGAGCAGUAUAAAAUUUAUUUGUUAUAAAAGUCGAAUAAUUAUCAUAUUAAAAAUGAGCUGUUUCUAAAUUCACUUUAAGGCUCAUGUAUGCGCCUUAAAAUAAAUAAUAAUUUUAUGGAAAAGUAAAAUUAAAUUUAAUAAAAUUGUACUAUACUCUGUUGUAACGUAAGCACUCCUUAAAAUAAAAAGUUUUGUGAUUGAA